UGCGUUUAGCUGAAAGUCAGUUGAAAAGUCAGUCGCGUGCGUACCGUCGUUGGGUGCACAUCUUCAUUCGUUUUCCAUUCGUCCUCUACAAUCUACUCCGGAAUACGCAUCGAGUGAAACGAUAUUCGAGCAAGCCAGCUUCUCUCGAGACGUUUUUGCGUCUCGUAACGUCAUUAGCGUAUCUAAAUCACCUCGACAGAGAUAAGACAGGGAGAAUGCUGAAGUCUUAUCCCGCACGAUAUCCUAUCAGGGGACCUAGCACUGGUACAGGUACUCGAGUGAUUCGUUUGACGAUGGAUCAGGAAACGGUUCUUCAAGAGCAGUUUAACAGGUGGCCAAGAGCACCUCAUAAUGCAGACGUUGUACUCCUUGCAGCUGAAACAGGUCUUUCCGAGGCGGACGUUGAGGGAUGGUACGCCAUCAGAUUGGCUCAAUGGCGAAAAGAACAAGGUCUUGGUGGAAAUCUGGGCAUACACUGACCAUCCGACCAUCGCGCGCUCAGUCGCUCUCUGAGCGAGACUCUCAAUCUCAUCUCUAUUUCUGUACCUGAAACUAUCUCCCUCUCUCUCUCUCUUUAUGUAAUAAACUGAUGGCAAAUUAUGCGCAAUAUACCUUUCCUCCUUAAAAUAGCUCAUAUUAGACAGUCUAAAAUUUCAUUGCAACGUUUAUAGCUUCUCAAGUUUUAUUAAAUUAUUUAUUGUAAAUGUAAUUAGGAAGUUCUCUUACGUCUGUGCGAAAAAAAUAAAUUGGUAAUUACACAAACAAGUAACAAAGUUUAUACAUAACAAAUAUGUGCAUAUUAAAAAUGAUUACAAAUUUUCAACGUUUUUUAAACAAGAUCACCACAAACGAUUAUGUUUACUUUAAUUAACGUAACACUUUUACUAACGUGUAAGUUAUUUAUUGAACUUUAAAUCAGUAUUUAAUUAAAUACUGAUUAAUCGAACAUAAUUAAACAAGUUAAUUGAAAUAAUUAAAUCUAAUUAUUUACUUACACAUCUACGCGCGUGAGUAAUUAUAAUGUUAAACGAGCAAAGGGAAGGGGGAGAUAGAGAAUAAGAGUGCACGCGCGCGCGUGUGUGUGAGGGGGUAGUGGAAGUCUCCAAAUUUUUUAAGUAAAACGUGUCGCACCGUUUAUAUUGAAGGAAAUUCAAGGUUUAUUAUACCAAUAGCCAGUCUAUGUACAGAAAUGUUUUAUUCUUAAAUUAUGCACAAAUUGCAAUCAAUACAAAUGUAUCUGAAACAAGCAAGUUGGGGGAUAUCUCAGUUUUUGGCUGUCAUAAGAAUAUUCAGAUAAAAUGACAGCUGUUUUGUUAGGUGUCGAUAUAUUGCAUCAACCGCCAUGUGUUUUUGCAAAAUUCAUGAGACACGUCCGAUUAGUUGUUGUCAUAUCCGGAAGAAGAAACAACUGUUUUAAAUUGAUAACUGAUUUUUAAUAAUGUUGAUAAUCAAUUUAAAACAAUUGAUCAUAUCUAUUUUAUAGCUUAGUAUAGUAAAGCUAGUUUAUUUGUUCAGACAUCCACAUUUCGACUAAGUAGUAUUAUAGUAAUAAAGGUAUGCGCUAAGUCUGCACUUUAGCUAGAUAUCAUAAAA